AUGAGUAAUGAAAAGAUCGGUUCUAUCCUUUACCUUGGAGAUACUUGCAUGGGGGAAGUGUGCUUUUAUCCUCACGAUGAUGAGGCCUCUUUGAUGGACAUGAUUGGUGAGGACAUUCAUAUCUCUCAUUUUUCCUGCCCAAGCAAAAGGUGUUCCCCACUGGUCGUGUUACAUUCCAUUGCUUCAACUGGGUUCUGUUUCAAAAUGAAGCCAAAUGGGCAACAGUCCCAAAACGAUAGCUUAAAUUUAAUCAAUCUCUAUAAUGCAUGUCUACAAGAAGCAAAGACUGCCAUUGUAGAGCUUGGAGACAAUGAACUGCAUUUGGUAGCCAUGCCUUCUGGGAAUAACCAGGAACAGGUGCCAUGUUUUUGGGGAUUUAAUGUAGUUGGAGGACUUUAUGCUGCAUGCCUUGGAAUGUUGAACCUUAGAUGCUUAGCAGUUGUUUUUGAUUUAGAUGAAACACUUAUUGUUGCCAAUACAAUGCGCUCUUUUCAAGAUCGCAUUGGGGCUCUUAAGUGGAGGAUUUCGGGAGAGGUUGAUCCCAAGCUUGUGGAUGGAAUGUUAACAGAGAUAAGGAGAUAUCAAGAUGACCAGAAAGUUUUGAGGCAGUUUGUUGAGAAUGAUCAUAUUUAUUACAGUGGGAAGUUGAUCAAGGCUCAGUCUGAGAUUGUGCCAGCUCCAUCUGAAGACCAUCGUCCUCUUGUACGGCCAAUUCUAAGAUUGUGUGAACAGAGAAUUAUAUUAACACGCAUUGAUCCCACUAAUCGAGAUACUAGUAUCCUUGUUAGGAUGCGGCCAUCUUGGGAAGAACUAAGAAAUUAUCUAACUGCUGAUGGGCGUAAGCGGUUUGAGGUUUUUGUUUGCACAAUGUCAGAAAAAGAAUAUGCUUUGGAGAUGUGGAGACUUCUUGAUCCCGAGGCAAGCUUAAUUAGUCCUAAGGAUCUCCACAAUCGUGUUGUUUGUGUCAAGCCAGGUUUCAGAAAGCUUUUACAGAAAGUAUUUCAUCAUGGAAUUUGUCAUCCCAAGUUGGCGAUGGUAAUUGAUGAUCGAUUGAAUGUCUGGGAAAAUACAGAUCAAUCUCGAGUGCAUGUUGUUCCAGCUUUCGCACCGUACAGUGUUCCGAUGGUAGAUUCGAGUAAUCCUGACCCAGUAUUGCUUAUUGUAAGAGAUGUAAUUUGCAAAGUCAGAAUUGAUUUUUUCGGCGAUUUUGAUAAGAGCCUAUUAAAAAGGAUGGCUCAUGUAUUGUAUGAGACAGAUGUGAAAAAGCUGCCAGCAGUUCCUGAUGUGAGCAAGUACUUGUUAACAGAAAACAAAGAAAAUGCAAAUAACAAUGUCUAUUUACCCGUACAGUAUGGCAUGAGAAACUGUGAGGUUGAAGCUAAAUUAAACUCGCAAGAUCUAAAUCUACUUCCAUAUAGUGGCCCUUCCUGUGUUCUCACAGAAAAUCAAGAUGUAAUUUCCUUUAUGCAAGCUUCGCAGCAGGCACAAGCGAUUUCUACCCCUCCAUCCAGCACUCAUCCUCAACAGUGCGAUUAG